AUGGUAGGAAACUUCGUGGAAGCUACACUGGAGAGAAGAAUGGACCUGCUACUCAUGCCAUUUAACCCCCUUCACCUUCCUCCCUCUUUCCUCUCAUCCCUCUUCUCUUCCCUUCUUAUUCCCAUCUUUCUCUCUCAACAAUUUCAAUUUCAAUUUUAUUUUCCAAUCCAAUCCAAUGAAGUUCAUUAACAUCAACCCUAAAAAUCUCAAACUUAGUCCCAAACGUUUUUUCCGUUCCAAAAAGGAACGCUCUUCAGUAUCAAGAUCCGACCCGCCAUCCUUCGGUUCAACUUCUUCCUCUGAUGGAUCUAAUCACCAACCCGUUACCGGAGGCUCCCAAACUCCUACCAGCGUCCUUCCUGAAAUCUCUGGUGACUGGUCCGACGUCACCGUCGACGUUCAGUGGGAGCUUUCUCAGGCUUUCCGGUUAAUUGACCGUGACAACGACGGCGUCGUUUCGCGUGAAGAGCUAGAAUUAGUUCUCACGCGUCUUGGUGCGCGUGCUGAGGAGAUCGCGAUUAUGCUAACCGAAGUUGAUGGAGACGGCCGCGGGUGUAUAAGCGUGGAGGCGAUUAUGAACCGGGUUGGAACCGGUUCGGAUCCGAAUCCGGAGGAAGAGCUUCGGGAGGCGUUUGAGGUUUUUGAUACGGAUCGGGAUGGGAGAAUCUCGGCGGAAGAGUUGUUGAGGGUUUUUAAAGCCAUUGGUGAUGAGCGGUGCACAUUAGAGGAGUGUAGGCGUAUGAUAGAAGGUGUUGAUAAAAACAGAGAUGGGUUUGUGUGUUUCGAGGACUUUUCACGUAUGAUGGAGUUGCAACGGUGAUGAUGAUGAUGAUGAUUGUGAUUGUGAUGUUAUCUGAUGAUGAAGAUGAUGAUAUUAUCAUCAUGAUCAUGCUAUAAAUAAUAAUAAUAGCAACAAAUAUAAAUAGUAAUUAAAUAUUAGUAUAUGAAGAAAGGCAACUUCUUUGAUUAUUCCUAUCUCUGUUUCUCUUUACGUAUGUUGAAUUUGUUUGUUAUUAUUGUUAUGAUUCAAUUUAAUUUUUUGGUUUAUGAAUUCCGUGUAUAUUAAUCUGAAGACGAAAGAGAGAUACAGGAAUACGAAAUAUGCUUAAAUCCAGUUUU